AAAAAAAAAAAAUGGUUGACGAAACUGUGGACUUAAGACUUGUAUAUUUUAAAAACUAUGAGGAUUAUCUGGACUCAUUCACAACAAAAAAAGAUGCUAUGUAUUUGGGGAACAAAAAGAUCGCACGUUCCAUUGUCAAAUUGGGAUAUCGCUCCACAGAACUACCCUACGAAGAGAGGGAGUUUGCGAGGCGAACCAAUUUGGCAAAGCAAUCGUUACGACCAAAAAUAAUGGGCAUCCAGCCAUUUAGUAGAUUUAUGUCUCCCGAUAACACCGAUCCAGUCCUACUUCAGUUCAAACAUCGUGAAUCACAAAUAUUCAACAAAGUGUUAUCGACAAUUGUGUUUAUCUCGUGUGAAUUGAUUUCGGGCUAUAUCGAUUUGGGAAUGAGUUGGCACAAUGCGAUUCGCAAUUCCUUUAAGCACACCGAUUGGAAAGGUAUAUUUGAAGGUCAUGCGAAGCUAAAACCAAGGUCAUAUCAUCUGAGCUACAGAAAUAAUAGAAACAAUGAGGUCCUAUUUAACGAUAGCGAUAAUUUCAAGGUAAUGCACGAUGAUGUUCUUGGCAUGAUAUUUAUGCACAAAGGUGAUCAUAAAUUGAUUCCUGUGGCUGGAGCAUGGAAUAAGUUUUCGAGAAAUGUAAAUCGUUCAAUGGCUGAUUCCCCUAUAUAUGGUACUGUCGUAUUUUAUGACCAUGUUGUCCGCAAAAAGGUAUAGCUGUAUUUGAGAAUUUGCCAUAUCAAAUUAAACAAAUGUAUCUUAUUAAUGUACCUUUUUAAUAAUUAUAAGAAAUUAAGUAGUAAAAGUACUCGAUUCGCUGGCGAAAGUCCAA